UCAUAGGCGGAUUGUCCCUCCCGGCUCCCGUUGCUCACUCCAUUUCCUCCCGUGCCGAGAGUAGCCAUGGCGGCCAUGAGCCUGCUGCAGCGGGCUUCGGUCUCCGCGUUGACAGCGCUGUCUGGCCGCCGUGCUGGCACUAGACUCGGAGUCGGAAGUUUUCUCACACGGACCUUUCCGAAGAUUGUCGCUCCUGUGCGGCACAGUGGGGACCAUGGCAAGAGACUGUUUGUCAUCAAGUCUUCUUCAUACUAUGACGAUCGCUUUUUAAAGUUACUGAGAUUCUACAUUUUGUUGACUGGGAUUCCAGUUGUAAUUGGCAUAACGAUGGUGAAUAUAUUUAUUGGUGAAGCUGAACUUGCAGAAAUCCCAGAAGGCUACAUCCCAGAACACUGGGAGUAUUACAAGCAUCCAAUAUCAAGAUGGAUUGCCCGAACUUUCUAUGAUUGCCCCGAAAAGAAUUAUGAAAAAACCAUGGCUAUCCUCCAGAUUGAAUCUGAAAAGGCUGAAUUACGGAAGAAGGAGCUUGAAGUUCGAAGACUGAUGCGUUCCCGGGGUGAUGGGCCCUGGUUUCAGUAUCCAACCCCUGAGAAGGAAUUCAUUGAUUAUUCUCCAAAAGCAACACCUGACAACUGAUAACUCACUUGUCUGAGAACAGCAUGUUCUCCCUAGUGGAUAAAAAUGAAUAAAUAAAUAGUCUGUAUUUUUACUGUGAUGCA